GAUUGUAUUUAGGGUAUUUUCCCCCUUUAUUGAAGUACCCCGAAGUACCCUCUUGGUGUUAGCUCCAGCUUUGGACCGCUAUUGGACGUGACGUGACGGGCGUGUAACUUUAGCGUCACGCGCGCGCACGCGUGUGCUGCACGGCGUGUGAUAGCGUCGAGCCUGUGGAGGUGUUAUCUGCCCGGGUCUGGCUGCUGCUGCAUCGGGGGCCUCGGGGGCGGAGCCCGGCGAAGCACGGCGGAGCACGGCGUCGUGGCGCCACUCGGCCCGCAGCCCGGGGCCAGGACAGCAGCUCCCGCACCACCACCCCGACGACGACAUGCUCGUCCCGGCCAUCGUCGCCGCCGUGCUCCUCGUCGCCCGGGCCGCCGCCGACGGAUGCCCGGGCCGGGCGGGCGGGCGCGGCCGGGAGGACUGGGAGCAGAGCGAGCGCAGCACGCUCAUGGCCGGCUACGACAAGAACGUCAUGCGCUGCCCCAGCGUCGACGUCAUCAUAGUGCCGCUGCGCCUCCAAGUGAGCCGAGAUUUUUCUGUAUCGACCAUGGACGCUGGAAUUAUACUGAACUGGGAGGACCCAUUUCUGCCGAAAGCUGAGACGCGGGUCGUCCUGAACGCGAGCGAUAUGUGGGUGCCCGAGCUCACAACGAGUGGCGUGGCCGAGCACCUCCUCACGGCCAAGUCCGCCCUCGGUCUCCUGGAGACUGUCGAGGCCACCAACCGCGUCCGCUCGUUCCGCGAGACGAAGCUCCGGGGCUGGUGCACGCCGUACCGGACCGAGGACUGGCCCCGCGACCAGGUGCACUGCGCAUUCAUCGUCAAGCCGGCAAGCUGGCAGUCCUUCAACCUGACGCACAGCUUGAGCGUCAAAGAUGUCGUCCAGUGGCACCAAGAGCUACUCAACGGCAAGUCCCCGAUCGAGCGGCUGGCCUCCUGGCAGCUGCAGCACCUGGACUCGAAGCUGUACGUCGACCGCGCCCUGUACGUGGAGGCGGUGCUGCGCCGGCUGCCCGCGCAGCUGGAAGCCGAGCUGGUGCACCCGGUGCUCGCCGUGGCGGCGCUGGUCCCCGCCAGCGUGGCGCUGCCCCCGGGCUGCGGUGAGCGGCCGGCGCUGCUCGCCGUCUCCUUCCUCCUCCACGUCGCAUUCCUCCUGAACCUGCCGACGCUGGCCGGCAACCUGGAGGGCGACGCCACGCCCCGUGCCCUGCUGGUGUACCGCGACGUCGGGCUGCUGCUCCUGGUGGUGGCUCUUCAAUGGCUGCUGUCGCUGCGCAUCGCUUCAAGGACGAGGCCCUUGUCUUCCUGGUCGCAGUCCAUGGCCAGAGGGUUGUCCAUGCUCAGGACGAUCCUGCUUCUGCCCGUCACCGCGCCCGUUCUCAAGCCGCUCGACGAACAGAGCGUUGAAUUAUCAAAGAUUCUUGAUCGACUAACAUUUUUGGCAGUAUCGGCAAGUUACAUCGCUCUAGUGAUCAUCGGCUUACAGUAAAGGAAAAUGUAACUUUCAGUAAAUAAAGUGUCAUGUCUCAUCACGUC